AUGCCAGGAGCUCUCGGCUUGCCAGCUGCUUGGUUGCAGUAUUCAUUGUAUACUCCCCCAUCGGCUAGCGGUGCCGAUCCGAGAACACUCGGUUUGGCCGACUAUCACCACCAGUUGAAGCAAACCGGCUUACCGGCUGAUUUGUCAUAUCUCAAAUAUAAAGCGCCGUUGAUGAACAGAAACUAUCUGGAAUUGGCCAUGCUGGUAUGCAACACAUUUCGGGGAAAGUUAUUUCCGUGUCCGCAUUGUCGCUAUGUGACCGACAGACGCAACAAUCUCAAACGCCAUAUUUCGACCAUGCACCAAGCUUGCGAUAAAGUGCUCGAAUGUUGCGGGGUAACUUUCUCAACUAAGGCAUCAUUGCGGGAACACAUCAUGAUCUUCCACCACAAUGGCUACUCGUGUCCAUUCUGCGGCCGACGCUUCUGCCGGAAGGCAUUACUCAGGCGUCACUUGUCUGUUCACAAUGGUCAGAAAGAUUACAACUGUCCACACUGUGACUACGCCACCAGUCACAAGAGCAACCUGGAGCGUCAUAAGAGAAUCCAUGAAAGAUUGAAAAUUAACGAACAGGCAGCAUCACUUUUGCCACGGAAUCUCAGCAGCCACAGUAGCAGUAGUGACAGCAGUACUCAUGUUGUUAUCGGUUUCUUAUCUAUCUAUCUAUCUAUCUAUCUAUCUAUCUAUCUAUCUAUCUAUCUAUCUAUCUAUUUGCUCACAUCUAUUUGCAAAUCAUAA